AUGGUCUAUAUAUGGGGCCAUGUGGGCGAACACAACGUCGUGAUCGCCUCACUUCCUGCGGGAGUCUACGGCACUACAUGUGCAGCCACGACCGCGUCGUCUUUGAUACAUUCCUUACCCCAUAUCCGCAUCAGUGUGCUGGUAGGCAUCGAAGGAGGAAUCGCAAGACCUGAUCUGAACCAGGAUAUUCGACUCGGCGAUAUUGUGGCAAAGGCGAAGGGUCUUUGGGAGCGGAAGGAUCUUCUCAAUAAACCGCCACCUGUACUUCUUCAUGCAUUGGCGAGCUUGCAGGCUGAGCACGAGCUUGCACCUUCUAAGGUUCCGAAGCUGCUCCAGGCCAUGCUAGAGAUCAACCUUCACAUGGGGCGGCCAAAGAUGGACUAUAGUCAACAGGGUGCUGGAAAUGAUCGAUUGUUUCAAUCGCAAUACGAUCAUAUUAGCGGAUUCACUGGUGGCCAGCCUGACCCUUCUUGGGAGGUCGACCGUGAACAGCGAGAUUCAACGGGCCCGGAGAUUCACUAUGGCAUUAUCGCCUCGGGAAACACACUCAUUAAAGAUGCGGCUACCCGAGAUAGCCUCUGGGAAAGCACAGGUCAUCAGUGCCUGGUGAAUAGUAAGGUCAAGAAUAUCCUGUAG